UGCGCAAACAAGACAAACAAAAGGAUACUACGAAAUUGCCAAGUUCUGGAAUAACUGUAUUGUGCACUAAAUAAACCAGUGGUCAAACUGCGAGAGUGUUUUCAUAUUGACUAGCACAGACAAGUUCCCCCCACUUUGUCCCCAGCGCGCGCGUUAACCAGAUGGCAAACUACUAUAAUCAGCUUUACAGAAAUGCCGAGUGUCCGUGCGUCUCAUGAAGACAUCAAGCCAUCUCCUCGGGACUGUGGCCGGCCAAAAUCCUAGCUAUCAUGUGAAAGUGUUGGCCUCCACCCGUCACUGUGCCAUUAAGCUGUGCUGCCUUACCCAAGGCACCGGACUGUAAAAAUGUCACCUCCAGUAUGAGCACCAUUACUUAUUUAAGAUCACUACAUCAGGAGGCACCCCUGCUUCCAAGGAUGUAUUGGCCCUUGAGGCGACGGGGCGCCAUGUUAUUAUUGUACGCCCUGGGGUCCUGCAUCUACGCCAGCAUUGUCGCCCCUCAGGGCCUCUUUCCCCGGCUGGAGAACAUUGGGGCCUAUAAACCCGUCCGCUGUGGCCCGGCGGCGCGCCACGUCUUGGGCGCGUCUCCAAGCAGUGCCUUCUGCCAGCCCGCCGUGACCCAGGAGAGUCUUCGGGCCUGUGCCCAGCAGUUCUGCGUCCAGGGGUGCCCGUACCGGUCAUUGGCGCCACGCUACGGCAGCCUCCUGCGGAACCUGGGCACCUGCAUCAGUGAGGAUGGACGCGAUGUGCAUCCAGGGGUCAGGCCCGGCGACGAGACCAGUCAUAUAUUUCGUAACCGCACGGACUGCUUCGCCUCCCCUCCAGUACCGGUCCUGGGUCCAUCGGGCUCACUUACUUUAACAGUGUGGCUGAAACUGGAGGCGUCGUCUGAAAUGAGUCUAAUAGAGAAGAGGGCCGAGGGGGAGCUGGUGUUCGGCGUCCGGGUCUCGGAGGAAAAGCUGGAGCUCCGGUACCGUCUUCCCAGCGCUCCGGCGCUCGGCCUGGCCAUGAUGACCACGGGGCGCAUCAACAAGCACGAGUGGACACACGUGGCCCUCCAGGUGCACGGGACGAGUGUCAGCCUCUUCUUGAAUGGCCUGGAGGAGGACAGCACAGCCUUUGACACACAUUCUCUGCUCGCCCCAAUCACGGACAUCAUAACUGACAGUGCCGUGUGGAUUGGCCAGGGCUCAAAUGGGUCAAAUCAAUUCAUUGGAAGGAUGCAGGAUUUCAGAUUUUAUCCUGUCACGCUCACCAACAGAGAGAUCAUGGAGGUGUUCACAGGUCAGCUCCCACACCUCCACGCGCAGACUGAGUGUCGCUGUCCGCCCAGCCACCCCAGAGUGCACCCCCUAGUGGAGAGGUACUGCAUCCCCAACGGCGAGGAGGACACCACCACCAACAGAGUUCUGCGCCUCAACCUGGAUGCCCACCCGCUCAGCUACAUUAACGACAAUGACAUUGGCACCGCCUGGAUCACACACGUCUUCACCAGGUCCGAGCUGAUGGACCAAGGUGUCACACUGACCUUCGACCUGGAGAACGGACAGUAUCAGGUUUUCUACGUGAUUCUGCAGUUCCUGAGCCCACAGCCCGAAGCGGUGCGGAUUCAAAGGCGGGCUGGCGCCAGCGGCGGCCGCUGGAGAGACUGGCAGUACCUGGCCAAGAACUGCAGCGUCUUCGGACUGGCGGAUAACGGCCCGCUGGAGCGCCCAGAUUCUGUCAACUGCCUCCAGUUUCCCAGCGCGGUGCCGUUCUCUCGUGGGAACAUCACCUUCAGUGUGCUGACCCCGGAGCCCAACCUGCGUCCGGGCUACAAUGACUUCUACAACAGCCCGCCGCUGCAGGACUUCGUGCUGGCCUCAGAGGUGCGCAUCCAGCUGCUCGGACAGUACCACAUGCAGGAGCUCGGCGUGCCCUACCGACACCGUUACUACGGCGUGGACGAGAUCACCAUCAGCGGCAGGUGUGAUUGCCACGGCCACGCAGACAGCUGUGACACCAGGAGGAGUCCUUACCGCUGCGCCUGUACCCCAGAGAGCCACACACUAGGAGAUAAUUGUGAACGCUGUGCCCCUCUCUUCAAUGACAAGCCCUUCCGAUCAGGUGACCAGCUCCAGGCCUACAAUUGCCGGCCCUGCCAGUGCAAUGGCCACACCUCUUCCUGUCAUUAUGAUGUCACAUUUGACCCCUACCCUACGGAGCACUUCCGGGGUGGAGGUGGCGUCUGCGAUAACUGUCAACAUAACACUACAGGGAGGAACUGUGAGCAGUGCCAGCCGCAGUUCUACAGGGAGGCCGGGGCUGUCACCGCGGCAGUAGACGUCUGCAGGCCCUGCAGUUGCCAUGCCGCUGGGACUGUCAACGGAAGUGUGGAGUGUGAGGAGAUUGGGGGGCAGUGUAAGUGCAAGCGACACGUGUCUGGCAGACAGUGCAAUCAGUGCCAACACGGAUUCUACAAGCUGCGGGCGGAGCGGCCCCACGGCUGCCUGCCGUGCGACUGCAAUGCCGCCGGGACGGCGCGGGCAGAUAUUACCUGUCACCAGGACUCAGGUCAAUGCCAGUGCAAGGCAAACGUAAUCGGUCAGACCUGUGACCGCUGCAACUACGGCUUCAAGUUCCUGAACCAGUCGGACGUGGACGGCUGCAGCCCGUGCGGUUGCCACGUUAACGGCUCCGUGCACCAGUUCUGCAACCCGUUCUCGGGCCGCUGCGAGUGCCGUGAGCAGGCCCAGGGGCUCCUGUGCGACGCCUGCGCGCCGGGCUACUACGGGCUGAGCUCGCUGGGUGAGUGUCGGCCCUGCGCCUGCGACCCGGCGGGCACGGUUCAGGACGGCACCUGCCACGCCGCCACGGGCCAGUGCGCCUGCAAGGCCAAUGUGGAGGGCCGGCGGUGCGACACCUGCCGACCCGGCCACCACAGCCUGGACCGGACUAACUCUCUGGGCUGCCUGCCGUGCCAGUGUGACCUGCGUGGCACGGUGAACGGGUCGAACGUGUGUCACCCAGACACCGCCCAGUGCCCGUGUAAAGAUCGGGUCGAGGGCCCGCAGUGCACGCUCUGCGUCCAGAGCACCUUCAACCGGACCGGUGCCGGCGCCACUGACGGCGGGUCAUAUGACUGCGCGCCCUGCCACUGUGACCUGGAGGGCACAGUGCCCGGGAGUGUGUGUGAUCCCGUCAGUGGCCAGUGUGUGUGUUUGCCCUCUCGCCAAGGGCAAGACUGUGGCAUCUGCCGACCAGGCUUCUUCCUGUCCCCGGGAGGUGUGAGCGGGUGUGACAUGUGCGACUGUCACCCAGUGGGAGCAGAGGGGCAGGAGUGUGAGCCAGACACCGGCCAGUGUGUGUGCCGACACCCCUCCGUGACGGGACGCAGGUGUGACCAGUGCCAGGAACUUCACUUCGGGUUCAACCCCGGCGUGGGCAGGUGUGAGCCGUGUGGUUGCCACCCGGGCGGAAGCCUCAACGGCUCCUGCCACCCAGAGUCGGGCGUGUGCCUCUGCAAGCUGUUUGUGACGGCGGAGAAGUGCGACACCUGCGUCCAGGGGGCCACCCAUAUGGACCCAGACAACCACCUCGGCUGCAGCAAAGUGAAUAUACACAAGGGGGCUAGCGCAAAUCUCAUGUACAGGCCCCAGGGACCAGUGGGGGAAACAUUAAGACCAUUCGGGCCACCUCCAUUCCAUUCAUUCAUUCCUUCCUGUCUGUCAAUCCACUCCAUGAUGCCUGCGUCUGCCUGCCACCUGCCUGUCUGCCACCUGCCUGCCUGCCUGCCUGCCACCGCCUGCCUGCUGCCACCAUACACCUACCAGCUGCUGACCAGCAACGUGCACGGCAACACCAGCAGCGUGGAGGUCAGCUACCGCACCCUGGCCACUGUCCCCCUGCAGACCCACCUCCAGCUCCACCAGCAAGGCCGCGCCAAACCGCACAGCGUCUCCUUCAACUGGACGUCUCCGCAGAGCACCUCGGGCCCCCUGGAAUGCUUCGUCCUGAGCUCGGUGGACGAGCAAAGCGGGGAAGAGCUUGUCCACUACAAGGGCCUGCAGACCGAGGCCACCGCCCGCGGCCUCGCGCCGUUCACCCGUUACGUCUUCUCCCUCCAGGCCUGCACCAGCGGGGGGUGCGGACACAGCGACAGGGUCGCCGUGGUGACGGCGCAGAUCCCGCCGCUGCACCAGGCGCCGCCCAGAGUCCGAGCGCUGGGGCCCGGGGAGGUGGAGGUGGAGUGGGACCCGCCUGCCCAGCCCAACGGUGUGAUCAUCAGGUAUGAGCUCUUUAUGCGUGGCCCGCUCCAGGCACCAGACAAUGACACCGCUGCCCCCCCGCCCGAGGAGAGAGUGUUCCUCAGCAGCGGUUGGCUGAACCCACAGCCACUCAUGCACUCGGCCAAUGAGAACGUCCUGUCGCCGCCGCAGGGUGGGACAAACGUGUCCAGCCUGGAGCCUUUCUCCUGGUACGCGUUCAGAGUUCUCACGGUGAACAUGGCCGGAAGUGUUCUCUCGGAGUGGACCGCCAUACGCACGGCAGAGGAUGUGCCCGUGUACAUGCCCCCUCCCCAGGUCACCCCCUUGACCUCCACCUCCCUCAAGGUCACCUGGAGGUUACCUCCGGACAGGGAUGCCCGGGGCAACGUGACAGAGUUCAGAGUCAGCAUCCACCAGGAGCAGAGUGCUAACCCCUUUGCCCCACCGGUCCUCACCAAGGUGCUGUACACAGCUUCGGCGUCCGAGCGGAGCUACACUGCAGUCGGAUUGCAGCCGUACCGCUUGUACAACUUCACAGUCACCCUCUGCAAUGCACUCGGCUGUGUGUCCAGCGACCAUGCCAGAGGGCGCACCUUGCCCGCAGCUCCGGCAGGUUUGAGUCGUCCUAAAUUAACGGCGCUGAAUAUGACAGCGAUGGCCGUCUCCUGGGCGCCUCCUCGAGAGAUGAACGGGCCACCGCCCCUCUACCAGCUGGAGAGGACGGACGUGUCUCUCUCCGACCCCUACGACCCCGUCGUCAGGGGCGUCCGAUUCCCUGGACACGGCUACUUCAGGUUCCCCAACUCCACCCUCCCUGUGAACACAGACUUCACAGGUCUGCAGCUGAGUUUCCGCACCAGAGCUUUAAAUGGGCUGAUACUGUGUGCACUGUCACCUGGCGACCAAGAAGAGUAUGUGGCUCUGCAGAUCCAAAAUGGCCGCCCCUUCUUCCUGUUCGACCCACAGGCGUCGGCCGUGGCCCUGAGCCCCGAGGGCGACGAGGGGAGGCGCUAUAACGACAACCAGUGGCACCAUGUGAUCGCAACCAGGAAACAGGCCGUGGGAACGAUCAUUGUGGACAAUCGAUACCGAGGAACUGCCUCGGCCACCAGUGGCAGCACCAUCAUUGGAGACAACUCUGGAGUCUUCAUCGGAGGCUUACCAAAGGGAUUCAACGUCUUAAGACAGGAUACAGGUGACGCACGCCUGGUGCAGCAGGGUUUCCUGGGCUGCCUGAAGGACGUGCUGGUCAAGAGGGCGGAGCGGCCCUUUGAGGAGUGGGAGCCACUGGACUGGGACUCGGCCGAGGAGAAGGAGGAGACCUACGAGAGCUGGGAGGGAUGUCCCACACACAGGGACGAGGGAGCACACUUCCUUGGACAAGGAUACCUUGAACUGAAAAGGGAUUUGUUCUCUGGUGGAGAGAAUUUCCAGAUCUCCUUUGAGUUCAAAACAGACCAGCUCAAUGCUCUGCUUCUGUUUGCCUAUGAUGUAGAAGGAGACGACUAUAUUUUGGACUGGGAGGGCAUCCCUGACAUGGGCCUUUCUGCGCUAGAAGCGUCCCAGCAGGCCUUAGGUUUUGGCGGCUGUUUGAAGGAUGUGAAGUUUGCGCGGGGGCCCGUGGUAGACUUGCCGGCCGUGUCCAGUGGCGCUGUCAGAGUGAAUCUGGACGGAUGCCUGUCAGCCGACACCCACGGCAACUGCAGGGGGAACGACUCCAUCCUGGUGCACACGGGCCGCGGGGAGCAGGCCCAGGAUCUCACCCUGCAGCCCUUCACUGAGUACCCAGGCUAGAGUGACGCCUGAGAGGGUGGCUGGGUAGCAGGUCCUUGGGAACGCGGACGCAGUCGAGAGACAGUCCCUGCGAGUGUGUCGUCUCCCUCCCGAGCGGAGUGUGUGAACGGCUACAGUGCGGAAGUGAGCUGGGACGCGCCUGGCGAGGUCAGGGGUGUAAUUGAGAAGUAUGUGGUGACGGCGUACAACCAGGACCAGCCCUCCGAGCCCCCCAUCACUGGCACCUUCCUCCACCACACAGCGCACCUGACAGGCAAUUUGAGCGGCCUGGCUCCCUUCACCCAGUACCGGCUGACGUUAACGGCGUGCACUGCGGCUGGCUGCGUGGAGAGUGUCCGUGGCCGGAGCAUCAGCACUCCUCAGGAGGCUCCAGAUGAGGUGAUGCCACCUGGUGCUGUCCCACGUCCGACCUCUCUCUUGGUCCACUGGAGUCUGCCUCAGAGACCCAACGGCGUCAUCACAGACUUCCUGCUCUAUAAAGACCACGUGCUCGUCUACCAGGGCAACGACACACAGCAACUCAACAUUACAGGUUUGGGGGUGUACAGCUCUCACAGGUUUCUGCUGAAUGUGUGUACGUAUGCCAGCUGUUGUGUGCACACGCAACUGGCUGCAACCAACAGCCUGAGGUCAACCUGCAUGACUGGCCAGCUCUCAAGCAAGGACCCCCCAACACUCACAGUUCUGGACUCACACAGCAUCUACGUCCAGUGGGCAGCGCCCCUGGAGGUGAACGGGGUUCUGGAGUUCUACCUGCUGUACCUGUCGCCUGUGGGGGAGGAACCCGCUGUGGUGUACAACAGCUCCGAGCUAUUUGAGGAUCACACCCUGCGCAACCUCGUCCCCGGGACCACCUACCUCCUCCAGAUCGCCGCCUGUAGCGGUGGCGGCUGCACCCUGAGUGCCCCUGUGGUGGCGAGCACAGAGGAGAGCAGCCCAGAGGGCGUCGCUGCCCCCAGCGUGGAGCCCCUGUCCCACGACACCUUCAACGUCUCCUGGACCCCCCCGCGACACCCCAACGGUGCCAUCAGUAGUUACCGGCUGUGGAUGAACGGCGCGGUGAUACACAACUCGUCGGCAGAGUCACGCUUCUUCCUGGUCACAAACCUGACCGCGUGGAGUCUCCACAGCCUCCGCCUCCAGGCCUGCACUGCCAAGGGCUGCGCCCUGGGGCCACUGGUGGAGGUGCGGACGCUGGAGUUGGCCCCUGUGGGUUCCGUAUCCCUGGAAGUUCUAAGCGACAGCCCCCACGCGGUCAAAGCCAAGUGGCAGGCCCCAGCCAAGCCCAACGGGAACCUCACCUACACUCUGCUCUUUACCGGAACCUUCCAUGCCUCAUCAGCGGAGUCUUCUGGCUCAGAGGUUCCUGAGGCGCUGGAGACGCUGGCUUUGCUGAACAGCACCACGGUGGGACAGUGGGUGUCGGUGGGGGGCCUGCAGGCCUACUCCAACUACAGCGUGGUCGUGCGGGCCUGCAACAGCCAAGGAUGCCUGGAGAGCCCUGAGGUCUCUGUCAGUCUCCCGCCUGGAGCUCCAGAUGGCCUGGUGGCCCCCAGGCUGGCAGCUGCCACCUCCAGCUCUCUGCAGGUCUCCUGGUCAGCACCAGAGCGCUCCAACGCCCCCGGACCCCUCCGCUACCGGCUACAGAUGAGGACCGCAGACCGCCCGGACGUACAAGAACUGGUAGACAGUGUGUCCACCUCCUUCAGUUACACGGUGGAGGAUCUCCAGCCAUACACAGAAUAUCAGUUCAGACUGCUGGUUUCACACGGUCACGGGGAGACAGCCACGCCAUGGGUGCCACUGAUCACUGCACAGGACCGACCGGGAGCAGUGGACCCUCCUGUCGUGUCCAGUGUCCUGCCCCACAGUGCCACAGUGUCCUGGGCGCCUCCCUCCCAGCCCAACGGCCCCAUCAAGCACUACCACGUCUACCAGAACACCGAGCUCGUAGCCACGCUGCCGGGCAACACCACCGUCUUCUCUGCCGCCCCCCUGCGGCCCUACGCCAACUACACCCUGCAAGUGGAGGCCUGCACGGACGUGGGGUGCGCGCGCUCGCCCCUAUCCCACGCCUUCCGCACCCCGCCGGGGCCCCCCGCGGACGUGCCCGCGCCCCAGCUCUUCUCCGACACCCCGACGUCCGUGCUGCUGUCCUGGGGCCCCCCGGGGCGCCCCAACGGGGAGCUGGAGGGGUACACGCUGGAGCGGAGGGUGCGGGGCACGCGGCAGGUGUCCACCGUGGCGGAGACCGAGCCCCAUGAGCCCCUCAGCUUCCUGGACAGCUCGGCAGCGCUCAGCCCUUGGACCAGCUACGAGUACCGGGUGGUGGCCCACACGCGGGGCGGGGGCAGCAACAGCAGCGGCUGGACCGGGGUGACCACCAGGCCCUCCAGACCAGCCGGAUUGCAGCCUCCACAGGUGACCCUGCUCGGCCCCGACGCAGUGCAGGUCACAUGGAGCCCUCCUGUGAUUGCCAACGGGGAGAUUGAGCACUAUGAGAUCCGCAUGCCUGACCCACGGAUCUCCCACACCAACACCUCCACCCUAAACUACACCGUGACCAACCUGGUGCCGUACACCGCCUACAGCGUCACCAUCUUGGCCUGCUCCUCCGGGGGCGGCUACGUCGGCGGCUGCACCGAGAGCCUGCCCACCCCAGUGACUACAUUACCCACAAUCCCACAGGGUCUGGGACCCCUGUCCGUAGUGGCGGUCAGCGAGUCGUUCCUGGCCGUCUCCUGGCAACCCCCCAGUAGGCCAAAUGGGCCAAACAUAAGAUUCGAGCUGCUGAGACGGAAAGCGCAGGAGCCGCUGGCCUCGCAUCCCCCUGAAGAUUUGAAUCUGUGGUACAAUGUUUACGCAGGAGCCAAAUUGUUUCACCAAGAUAAAGGCCUUAGCAGGUUCACUCAGUACCAGUACAAGCUGCUGGUCCACAACGACGUGGGCUACUCGUCGGGGGAGAUCGCCACGGCGUCCACGCUGGCCGGCGUGCCCCGCAGGCCCAGUUCCAUUUCCUCUCUGACCGUGUCCCACACCUCCAUCCUGGUCAACUGGACCACGCCCACUCUAGAGGAUCUUCAGGGGGAGGUAGUGUCCUACACCCUGUGGGUGAACUCCAGCCAGGGCAUCCAGGCCUUGACCUUCGACCCCGAGGUGACAUCCGCCCUCGUCCCAGACCUGCAGCCCAGCACGGUGUACAACCUCACCCUGCAGGUGUUCAACGGGGCACACAACGCCACCAGCGCCCAGGUGACCUGCACGACAGAGGACGGAGAGCCCGAGGGUGUGUUCCCUCCAGAGGUCGUGACCCUGAACAGCACUACCGUGCGGGUCCUUUGGGCCGAGCCCCUGGUCCCCAAUGGCGCGAUCACUCAGUACGGCGUCUACGUGGACGACCAGCUACGCGGGACUGCUGGCAACACCACAGGGUCCCUGGAGCUCGGGGACCUGCUACCCUUCACUGUCUACGACAUCCAGGUGGAGGUGUGCACUGUGUACGCGUGUGUGAGGAGUAAUGUCACACGGGUUACCACGGUGGAAGACCUGCCGGGUGACAUCACCGCGCCACACAUCCAGGUGCUCGGGUCAAGGUCUGUGCGUUUGGAGUGGAGCUCCCCAGGCCAGCCCAAUGGCAUCCUGCUGGGUUAUGACGUGCGGCGCCGGGCCCUGAGGCAGUGUGAGGAGCUGCGGGUCCAGUUGACCCUCAGGCCCACCGGACGCUGCUCCCUCCUGCGCUGCCCCAAGCCCCAGCGCAUCUGCGGCAGCGCCUGCUACCACCCACAGGAGCAGGUGUGUUGUGGAGAGACGGUGUACACACGUGACUCCUGGCUCCAGUGCUGUGGCGAACGCUACGUCCCGGUGCGGAACGCCUCGGAGAGUGUGUGCUGCGGCGACCAGCUGUUCCAGACUCAACCCCAACACCAGUGCUGCGGCCGCUACUACGUCCGCGUCCCUCCAGGGGAGGUGUGCUGCCCUAACCCGGAGCAGAUGCGCGUGUCGGUGGGCCUGGGGGACGCGUGCUGUGGGGGGAACCCCUUCUCCUGGGCGGCCGGGCAGCUGUGCUGUGGGGGGAGCCUCCAUGACGGCUACCAGGCCCAGUGCUGCGGAGCUCAGGUGGUCAGCCAGGGCCAGGCCUGCUGUGGAGACGCCCAGACAGGAACCGCAUACACACCUGUGCCAGGCAUGUCUUGCUGUGGUGAGCUUUACAUAAACUCCAGUGAGACGCUGUGUUGUGGCGGAGCUGGUCUGGAGUUCAGGGCCCAUCACCUAAACAACGACACCGUGACCUGGAAGUGCUGCGGGUCAGAGGUCAUCAGAAAGGAAGAGGAAUGCUGCAAUGGAGUGGGCUACGACCCCAAAAAGUACUUCUGCUCCGACAGAGCCUCAUCUGAUAUACACAUGCAGGAGCAGUGUAGACCCAGCACCCUGUGCCCCCUCUCCUCUGUCUCCAGGGCCUACUGUGGCCUGUGUGAUUUCAACCCAACUCUGGAUGUUUGUACGCGGGUACCCGGCGUGCCCGAGCCCCUGCCCGAUGCCCCCGGUGCCAACCCCCCCGCCGCAGACAGAGACCCGGGUCUGUGUGCCUCCUCUGAGGACGUCAUCUAUUCCGGGACGGCCAACCGAUACACCUACACAGACUCAGACCUGGAGCCCCACACCAACUACGAGUAUCGCGUGGGGGCCUGGAACCGCUUUGGCCGUGGGUACAGUGCUCACGUGCGGGUCACCACCAGAGAGGACGCCCCCGCGGGGGUCCCUGCUCCCCGCUGGAGCAAGGUGGAGAACCGCGACGACAUCAUCCAGCUGGACUGGGAAGUGCCAGUCAAACCCAAUGGUGAGAUCAGGUACUAUGUGGUCCUCCGUGACGGGCAGGAGCGUUACCGCGGUAGCGAGUCCAGUUUCACGGAUGUGGGGGGAAUCCAGCCCUAUCAAGAGUAUGAAUACCAGCUACAGGCCUGCACUACUGCUGGAUGCACAGACAGCAAGAAGGUGGUGGCGGUGACAGUGCAGGGGGCUCCGGAGCAGGUGUCGGCCCCGCUGGUGAGCGCUGUGGGCCCCCGAGCGCUGCUCCUGGCAUGGGCCCCGCCGGACAGACCCAACGGCAUCGUGCGCGAGUACCACAUCAAUCAGACCGGAGCGGGACGCGUGCACAGCCACACGGGAGAGGGCGAGCUGCAGCACACCGUCACAGGUCUCGAGCCUCACACUGACUACAGUUUUGUGUUGGAGGCCUGCACUUCAGUCGGCUGCAGAGCAAGCCAGCCCUCUACGGGUCGCACACUACAGGACGCACCAGCAGGUGUGUGGGCUGCCCUUCGGCAUGUGUUGGUGAGCAGCUCUGUGGUGGAGCUGUACUGGAGUGAGCCCCUGCAGCCUCACGGCCUCCUCUCCAGGGUACCUGCCAGCCACUGCAGGGAGCUCCACCUUUUCUCUACUCGGAGACAAUACACCUUCACACGACACGGCCUGCAGCCCAACACCAGGUACGUGUACGAGCUGGAGGCCAGCACAGCCGGAGGCAGCAGCCGCAGUGACAGAUACGUGAUUCAGACGCCCGUCUCGUCCCCCGAGAGGAUCCCACCCCCCUAUAAUGUCACCGUCAGCGGGGCCCGCUCCGUCUUUGUCGCCUGGACACCCCCAGGGAAGUACAACACAAGCCUCCCACUGGAGUACAGCGUGCUGUUGAACGCGGGAAGCCUGGAUGCCCUGGUCAAGGCAGCGGGGAAGGGGCAGUUCCUGCACGUAACCGACCUGCAGCCAUUCACCCGCUACCACAUCCGCAUACAGGCCUGCCAACCAGACGGCUGUGGAGUGGGGAAGGGCGUCUACACUAGCACAUUCGAGGCACCCCCUGAGCAUCUGGAUCCCCCCGUUGUCAAGGCAGCAGGGCCAGCUGUCAUCGAAGUACACUGGAAACCCCCCCGGCAACCCAAUGGGCUCAUCACAGCAUACUUCAUUUACAGGCGUCCUCUGGGUACCCGCGAGGAGCUGCUGGUCUUCCUGUGGUCCGAGGGUCCGCUGGAGUUCAUCGACGCGUCGUCCAGCCUGCGCCCCUACAGCGAGUUCGAGUACCGGGUCCGGGCACUCAACACGCAGGGUUCCGUGUCCAGCGUCUGGGCCUCGGCGCUGACCCAGGAGGCCCCACCACUGGGUAUGUCCUCCCCGUGGGCCCUGCCCACCAGCGCCUACUCCCUGAUGCUCAACUGGACCCGGCCCAGCGACCCUAACGGGCUCAUCCAGCAGUACCGCGUGGUCUACCAGAGCAGGCCCGCGGACCCCACGCUCAACACCACGGCCGUGCUGGCGCUCACCGUGCCGGGGGACAGCCUGCAGGCCCAUGUGUUCGGUCUGGAGCCCUACACCACCUACAGUGUGCGCGUGGAGGCGGUGAACGGAGCGGGCAGCGUGUCCAGUCCCUGGGCGGCCGUGCGCACACUGGACGCCUCACCCAGCGGCCUGGCCAACUUCAGCGUGGAGAAGAGGGAGCAGGGACGCGCUCUGCUGCUGAUCUGGGAUCAGCCGGCCGUACCCAACGGAGACAUCAAGAUGUAUAACAUCUAUAACGAGGGUAAUCUGGAGUUCAGUGGGCUCUCGCGCCAGUUCCUGUUCCGCCGGCUGGAGCCCUUCACCACCUACACGCUGGCACUGGAGGCCUGCACGGCCGCUGGAUGCACCCGCACGCCCCCGCAGCCAAUCACCACUGAGGAAGCACCCCCUUCCGCCCCGCCCCCUCUGGUGGCUGAGCCAAUCAGUGCCAACCGCGUGCAGCUGCACUGGCUUCCGCCCACGCACCCCAAUGGCCGCAUCCUUCAGUAUCGGGUCAUGGCGGUGACCUUGGACGCGGGCAGGUCAAGGACGGAGGAGGAGGACCUGCAGAGGGCAAAGGUCGUGUUUACGGAGAACGACACGCGGGCCAGCAGCUUCUCCCAUAACGUGACGGGGCUGCAGCCGUGGAGCGUGUACGCUUUCUUCGUGAGGGUGGUCAACGCGGCCGGCCACGCAGACAGCCCCUGGCUCACCGUGCGCACCAAGCAGGCCUCUCCGCGGGGAUUAGCUGCUCCGUCUGUCAAUCACGUGGAGGGGAACCCCUACGCGCUGGAGGUGUCGUGGGCCCCUCCCCUCGAGAGCAACGGCGUUCUGCUGACCUAUCGCAUCCUGCGCAACAACGUCAGCUUCCAUUUCAGCUUCGACUCGGGCGUCCUCAGCUACACAGACGUGGACCUGCUGCCCUACGGCGUCUACGGCUACGCCAUCGUGGCGUGCACCGCCGAGGGCUGCGUCACCAGCGACCCGACCGAGAUCCGAACCCUGGAGGCUCCCCCCGCCACAGUGGAACCUCCCACGGCCACCAACGUCACGGCGCACUCUGCCAGCGUCUCCUGGAGCGUACCAUCCAUCCAGAACGGGGAGAUCACCCUCUAUGUCCUGCUGGUGGACGGGGAGGAGGUGUAUCGCGGGAGGAGGCUGACAGCACUAGUGUCCACUCUGCUGCCGUACACCCAGUACGAGCUGACCCUGAGGGCCUGCACCAACGGGGGCUGCACCGCCAGCGCCCCCGCACCCCUGCACACGCGGGAGGCCCCCCCGGCCGACCUUCAGGCGCCCAUGCUCAAGGUCACGGGCUCGGAGUCGGUGGAGGUGACCUGGAGGGAGCCGGGGCGGCCCAACGGGGUCAUCACGGGCUACGAGCUGCGCAGGGACGGACAGCUGGUGUACGUGGGGAACGACACACGGUACCACGACUUCACGCUGCUGCCCAGUGUGGAGUACAGCUACGCGGUGACCGCCAACAACAGCCAGGGUGCCGCCAUCAGCCCCGCGGCCGUGGCCCGCACGCGGCCCUCGGCGCCCUCUGGUGUCGCCCCGCCCAAACUGCAGGCCACCGGCGCGGCCAGCGUGCUGGUGCAGUGGGAAGCUCCGGCACAGCCCAACGGCGCCAUCCUCAGCUACUCCGUGUACAGCCGCGACCCGGCCGAGCCCAGCAGCCGGCGCCACCUCUUCCCCCCCGAGCACAGCGCCUUCCAGAGCCGGUCCACCAGCCUCACCGGACUCAAACCCCACUACAGGUACACAGCGCUAUACACUCUCAACCCACACUACAGGUACACAGCGCUAUACACUCUCAACCCACACUACAGGUACAUAUGCCAGCCUCACCUCAUGCCAUACACCUCCCACGAGUACCAGGUACAUAUGCCAGCCUCACCUCAUGCCAACCUCACCAUGCCAUACACCUCCCACGAGUACCAGGUACAUACAGUAUGCCAACCUCACCUCAUGCCAUACACCUCCCACGAGUACCAGGUACAUAUGCCAGCCUCACCUCAUGCCAACCUCACCAUGCCAUACACCUCCCACGAGUACCAGGUGUGGUCGGUGAACUCUGCCGGGCGUGCGGGGAGCCCCUGGACGAGGGGUCGCACGGGUCCCGCGCCCCCAGAGGGCAUCGGGGUGCCAACCUUCCUCCGCGUGCACGCCACCUCCGCCGUGGUGGACAUCAGCCCCCCCGCCAAGCCCAACGGCGUGGUCAGCCUCUACAGAGUGCUCGCACACACCAAGGACACAGAUCUGCUGCUCUCUGAGGGGACGUCCCGUCAGCAGACGCUCCACGGCCUGCGUCCCUUCACGCUCUACUCCGUGGGGGUGGAGGCGUGUACCUGUUUCCUGUGCUGCAGCCGGGGCCCCCAGACGGAGCUGCGCACCCAGGCCUCGGCCCCCACCCAGCAGCCCCCCCCGCGCCCCGUCGCCCUCACCCCGCGCUCCGCACUCCUGGAGUGGGACGAGCCCCUGCACCCCAACGGCAUCAUAGAGAGCUGUGAGCUGCACCUGCGUACGUCGUGUCCCCAGCCGCUGCAGCCGGUGGCCCAGGUGUGCGCCCAGGGCCCCGUGGAGACGCGCUUCUUCGGGAGGGGCCACAGCUUUAACGUGACGGGGCUGCUUCCCUACGCCACCUACGACCUGCGCGUCGUCUCCUUCAACAACAUGGGCAGCGCCAGCUCCAACUGGGUCACCGUCACCACACUCAAGGAGGCUCCCCAGUAUAAGCAGGUCUUCCAGAUCCACAGUAACCUGACUGCAGUGUUUCUGGAUUGGACCGGCUCCUUUGACCUCAACGGCCCUCUGAGGGACUACAGGCUGACCGAGAGUGGACAUCUCCUCUACAGUGGCUUCCACAGCGCCCUGCAUAUACCACGCACAUCAGACAAGACUUUUGCCUUCCAGGUCACCUGCACCACAGACAGUGGGAGUGUCAGCUCCCCCAUCAUCAGAUACAACUCAGUCACUGGUGUCGGUCCCGUGCACCCCACGGAGGGAGGCAAGACGGGGCUAACGGGGGUGCUGUACCCCUUCCACACGGAGCUGUGGUUCAUCGUACUCAUGAGCUUCCUGGGGCUCUUCCUGCUGGCGCUGCUCACAGGUCUGGUGCUCCGGAAGACCCUCAGCCGCACGACCUGCUCUCAAGAGCGCCCCCCUCUGGUGCCUCUGCAGAAGAGGAGCCCCAGCUACUCGGCCAGCGACUCCUACUUGAAGCCCUGUCCUAAACAUGCCUCUAGCCGCAAGCCCACUAUCAGUAAGCACAAGGGUUUUGUGGACACCAAGAUAGGCGGCAGCACCUCCCGCUCUGGUCGCCAUGGUUACCCGAACACCAUGUCGGUGAUGCGCGUUCCGGCCCAGAGCCAGCUGAGCCACGGCUACUCCCAGAAUUCCCUGCACCGCAGCAUCAGUCAGCUGAUCGACCAGGCGGACAGGAAGUCGCUGAUGGACGACGGCGUGUGGGACACUGAGGUGCAGGGCACAGACAGUGGCAUGUUUAUCGCAGAUGAGGAGCUGGUGGAGACCAUUAAAGAACUCAGCUCCGUGGGCUCCGUCAGGAAGGAACACACAACCUUUACAGACACACACCUGUGAUGGGCAACACACACACACACACACACACACACACA